UCGAAAUGGAGCAAGAGCCACAGAAUGGAGAACCUGCUGAAAUUAAGAUUAUCAGGGAAGCAUACAAGAAUGCUUUUUUAUAUGUUGAUAAAGGUCUGAAUACAGAUGAAUUAGGUCAUAAGGAAGAAGCAAAGAACUACUAUAAGAAAGGAAUAGGACACCUGCUCAGAGGAAUCAGCAUUAUAUCAACAGAGCCUCAACACACAGGCCCUGGGUGGGAAUCUGCUAGACAGAUGCAACAAAAAAUGAAAGAAACACUACAGAAUGUACACACCAGGUUAGAAAUUCUAGAGAAAGGUCUUGCCACUUCCCUACGGAAUGAUCUUCAGGAGGUACACAAGUUAUAUCCAGAAUUUCCACCUAAAGACAUGUGUGAAAAGUCACCAGGGCCUCAGUCCUCUAAUUCACCACCUCAGCAUGCUGAAAUAAAUGGAAACACUGCAACUGCAAGUUUAGGACCUAUUGCUGCACCUUCUUCUCUAGCCUUACCACCUCCAAGUGGUUCAUCAGAAGCUCCUCCUGCUUAUACUCCUCAGGCUGUUGAGGGUCACUAUACUGUGUCUUAUGGAGCAGAUUCUGGUGAAAUUUCAUCCACUGGAGAUUUCUAUAGGAAUAAUUCUCAGCCACCUCCUCUUGAGACCUUAGGGAUGGAUGCUGAUGAAUUGAUUUUGAUACCAAAUGGAGUACAGAUUUUUUUUGUAAAUCCUGCUGGGGAGGUCAGUGCACCUUCAUAUCCUGGGUACCUUCGAAUUGUGAGUUUCUUGGAUAAUUCUCUUGAUACAGUUUUAAACCGCCCUCCUGGGUUUCUUCAGGUUUGUGACUGGUUGUAUCCUCUGGUCCCUGACAGAUCUCCAGUUCUCAAAUGUUCUGUGGGGGCCUACAUGUUUCCUGAUACAAUGUUACAAGCAGGAUGCUUUGUGGGUGUGGUCUUAUCCUCUGAACUACCAGAAGAUGAUAGAGAACUCUUUGAGGAUUUGUUAAGACAAAUGUCUGACCUUCAACUUCAGGCCGACUGAAACAGAGCAGAAGGAGAAGAUGAAUUUCAAAUCUCUGGAAGAACAAGAUGCCCCUCUGACCAAGUGAGAGAAGCCUCUGGUAGUGAUGUGAGUCCAUUAGACCCUUCAUUAGGCCAAGGAAACAAGGAUGUGCAUCAUAAAGGAAAAUACAAGAAAAAGACUAAAGAUACUUCAAAUGAAGAAGUUAACCUGAGUCACAUGGUACCCUGUGGGCCAGUUUCAGAAGAAGAAGCUAAAGAAUUACCUGAGUGGAGUGAGAAAGUGUCUCAAAACAUUUUGUCAGGUGCUUCCUGGGUGAGUUGGGGUUUAGUCAAAGGUGCUGAAUUUACUGGCAAAGCAAUCCAGAAAGGUGCUUCUAAACUCCGAGAAUGGAUUCAGCCAGAAGAAAAGCCAGUGGAAGUUAGUCCACCUGUCAGCAAGGGACUUUAUAUAGCCAAGCAGGCUACAGGAGGAGCAGCCAAAGUCAACCACUUCCUGGUUGAUGGAGUUUGCACUGUAGCGAAUUGUGUUGGAAAAGAAUUAGCUCCACACGUUAAGAGGCAUGGAAGCAAACUUGUUCCAGAAUCUCUUAAAAGAGACAAAGAUGAAAAGUCUACACUGGAUGGUGCUGUGGUUGUUGCAGCAAGUAGUGUUCAAGGAUUUUCAACUGUCUGGCAGGGGUUGGAAUGUGCAGCUAAAUGCAUUGUUGACAAUGUUUCAGCAGAAACUGUACAGACUGUCAGAUACAAAUACGGUCAUAACGCAGGAGAAGCUACACAUCAUGCAGUGGAUUCUGCCAUCAUUGUUGGUGUAACUGCCUAUAAUAUUGAUAACAUUGGCAUCAAAGCAAUGGUAAAGAAAACUGCAAAACAAACGGGAUAAAAACUCCUUGAGGACUAUCAAAUAUCUGAUAAUUCUCAGAAGGAAGGUGAAGAAGGAACAUCAAAUACAAAAAUUAGAAGACAGAAGGAUGAAAACAAAGAAGCAAAGAAGAAAGAUAAAUGA